AUGUUUCGACGCGCGACCCCGUCUCAGGCUGCUCAGAACCAGCAGGUCAUCAAGAGCCUGCUGAAAAUUGAAUGCAACAAGAUCUGUGCCGAUUGCAAGCGCAACAAGCAUCCGCGAUGGGCUUCUUGGAACCUCGGAAUCUUCAUAUGCAUCCGUUGCUCGGGUAUCCAUCGGGGCAUGGGCACCCAUAUCAGCCGGGUGAAAUCUGUGGACCUCGACUCGUGGACCGAUGAACAAUUGCAGAGUGUGGUGAGAUGGGGUAACGCGAGAGCAAAUAAAUACUGGGAGGCCAAACUCGCUCCUGGUCAUGUCCCCUCGGAAGCGAAAAUCGAGAACUUCAUUCGCACCAAAUAUGAAUCCAAGCGGUGGGUCAUGGACGGACCGAUGCCCGACCCGGCGACUCUGGACGAUGGCGACGAUAAUGUGCCUCUUGCCGUCGUCAAAGAAAAGGCCAAAAUCGAGCGUUCCGCGUCCCAGCGAGUAGCGACUGCUAGUCAACCCCCCGUCACACACCGCCAACAGGCCUCCAUCGACUUCUUCAGCGACGACGAUCCCAUUGCACCGCCUGUUCGCCCUAGUACUACAGAACCUACCCGGGUGUCCGCACCUAAACAGUUGCAGCAGUCACAGCCUGCCGCGAAAGCCGCUCGCCCCGGCGACUCGUUGCUCGGACUCGACUUCUUUGGAAGCACCCAGGCCGCCCCUGCGAGUCGUCCCGCCAGCACUGUGUCUACACCUGGUUCGACGGGGAUGUCUCGACCCGAUUUGAAGCAGUCCAUCCUAUCACUAUACUCAAAGCCUCAGCCCCCUGUGCAACAUGAACGCCAGCCCUCGUUUGGCGACCUGACGUCCCCUCCCCCGCAAUCGGCAUCGUCAUCCAGCAUGGGCGGUUUGACCGAUGCCUUCAGCGGACUCAGCUUCCCAUCGACCACUUCCCCACCUCCUCCCAAGCCAGCCGAUAAACCCUCGCCCUUUGCCAACCUGACGAGCUUCACCAGCACCAAGUCCACCCCGGCAGCUCCCAAGAUCUCCUCGCCCACCGCGUCCGCCAGUAGUGGUCUCGGCGGUGGCCUGUUCGAUAGCCUGACAUCCCCGACCCUCCCCCCAGCAAAGUCCCAUUCCCAGCCCCGCACCACGUCUAUCUCAUCUAACGGCCACGGUCUUGGGUUCUCCGGCUUCGAGUCCGGCCCGCCCCCAUCCAAGCCGACUCCAGGGCAGUCAUCCUUCUCCGACGACCUCUUCGGCUUCUCCUCGCCCCCGACCUCGACAUCUCCCGCUCCCGCUCCACCACGCAUGACAAAAUCUCCGCAACAGGAGCUCAAGUCCGCUUUUAACCUGAGCGGCCCUGCCCCUACUCCAGCGCGGGCCCCGGCUCCUCCCGCCCCGAAACCAGUCACAUCUACUGCAUCGACCGCGUCCGUUACAAGCAUGAUCCCCAACCUCGACCCCUGGGGAGGUAACGCCUGGAACACCCCAGAGCCUGCCCCUGCUCCCGCUCCUGCCGCGCCCUCAAGCGCAUCCAUGAUGAAGGUCCCCGACACGCUGACGGCUAAUGACAUCGGUGCCGGCUGGGGCGCCCCCGCCUCAUCUGCCGCAAGCGCGAAACCGGCGCCCACUGUCGCGGCCGAUGAGGAUUUCGGCGGCUGGGCCAGCGCGGCCCCUGUCCCCCCGGCUUCGAUCACGACUACCUCGAAACCUCCCUCUAAACCGGCUGGCGGGUUUGGCGGUGCUGAUGAUCUCUUUUCUAAUGUUUGGGAGUGA